GUGCCGUCAGGUUCUGUGGUCUAGUAUAUUCGGUGGCAUGGUUUAAGUGCCGACGGGCGGUAAUUCAAUUGUGGUUUGGGUUAUUAUGACGACGAAAAUAAUGCGAACCGUUACCAAGUAUUUCAUAGAUACGUUGGCAUUAUGAAGCCGCUGGAACCGCGUAUGAGUAAGCGAUACAAUCUGGGUAUUGCCGCGUUCAUUUAGAUAGCCUCAAUUACGAUUUCAUGCCUCAUGCUGCUCUUCUUAACAACCGGCGAGGUUGAAUUGAACGAUGACACGCGAAUUGUAUGUUACAUCGAAUGGCCUGAUGGUCCCACGAAUCAUUCGCAACAAGAAUAUGUUUAUAAUAUUGUUUUUAUGAUACUCACUUAUAUACUACCCAUCAUUUCGAUGACAGUUACGUAUUCACGAGUCGGCAUUGAACUUUGGGACUCAAAGGCAUUCGAAAAGUACACGCCGCGGUAAGUGGAGAAUGUCCUCAGUAAGCGUAGAGUAAGUACGAAUAUAUUGGAUAUCAUAAAUAUUACUGCAACAAGCCGGCUGAAGAGUACUUGUCGUUUUAAAAGAAACCAAAUUUGA